UUUUUACCAGUAUCGUUUAUUAUAAAAUCCAUUUCCUUAUUUUUAGUUCAAAAAGGGAUAUUAUUAAAUGUCGCGUGUACCGAUUAGCGAUGAGCAAGCACAGCAGAUGCUUGCCAAACAGCAGGCUCAGCAGGAAAAACGCGAGGCCUUUGAGGAGCAAAAGGAGAAUCUACUGCGGAGUUUUCUUUCUCCCGACGGACGGGAGCGAUUAAAACGGGUCGCGCAGGUGAAGGCGGAUCGGGCGGAAGCGGUGGAGCUGCAUAUUAUCAAAGCCGUUCAGCAGGGGAAGCUCCAGCCGCCGGUGAGCGAUACUGUCGUGAGGGAAUUACUCAGCCAAGUCGCCGGCAGCGAUACGAGCGGGAAGUCGAAUAUCACGAUUGUCCGCAAGCGAAUGGAUGAUGAUUGGUAAAUAAAAUCGAAAACAACAACUGAAAGGCAGUGGGAAGAUAAUAGGAAGGCUUGAGGUUGCCAUAUCAAGAAGCCUGCAGGUGGAAAGGGAAUCUUGGGUUUUGCAUGUUUGUUGAAUAUGUUGUUGUGGUUGAAUGGGAAAUAAAAGAGUCGAUAUUUUUUAUUUGUUUAUUCUUGGUUUAUGUAACCAGAGGUGCGUGAUAAGCAGUUUUCUUUUCUUUUAACGUUAUCAUUGAUUUUAUGUAUGCUUGCUUCACUGUUGAUGAACAAUAUUGUGCAAAAAAGUGUAGUGGGGUUGAGCGGAGAAGAAAAUACCGAUUUAGAAUAAUCAUAAGAAUAUACUUUAGACAGGACUGAUGACUACCCAUCCACACUUUCCAUUAUAAUGGAAGAGUACAAUAAAUAAAGUACGAUAAAUAUUGUUACAGGGAGAUUUAAACCCACAUGCAUAUAGAACAAACACCAUUUAUUAGUGUUUACCGGU